ACAGAAAUGAGUUCGCAAAUUCGGCAAAACUUCCACCAGGACUGUGAGGCUGCCCUCAACAGACAGAUAAACCUGGAGCUGUAUGCUUCUUACGCUUAUCUCUCUAUGGCAUACUAUUUUGAUAGGGAUGAUAAAUCUCUACCAAAUUUAGCAAAGUUCUUCGGUGACCAGUCCAAAGAGGAGCGAGUGCACGCAGAGAAGCUGAUGAGUUUGCAGAAUGAGAGGGGAGGCAGGAUUUUCCUUCAGGACAUCAAGAAACCUGACAGGGAUGAGUGGGGCAGCGGCCUGGAGGCUCUGGAGUGUGCUUUGCAGCUGGAGAAAAGUGUAAACCAAUCCCUGCUGGAUCUGCAGAAAAUGGCGACUGAACACAAUGAUCCUCAUAUGUGCGACUUCAUCGAGACACAUUUUCUGGAUGAGCAGGUGAAAUCCAUCAAACAGCUCGCUGACUGGAUCUCAAACCUGCGGCAUAUGGGAGCGCCACAGACAGGCAUGGCCGAGUAUCUCUUUGAUAAACACACCAUGGCUGAAGAGGGCAGUUAAACGAUGCUGUGACACUGAUGAUCAUCCUAGUCACCUCUGCAUGCCAGUCACCCCCCCACCCGUCCCUCACAUAUACUAUAUGUAUAUUCAGAUACCGCUGCAUUAUUUCUGUUAGUUAUCUGUCAAUCAACUUAGUUUGCUAAAGUCACACAUAGCUCUCUAAACUGGAGACCUGCCACCUCA